ACGGUGAUGACAUUUGGCGCUUGCUGUUCGCCUGCGACCGCUCAGUUUGUCAAAAAUCUCAACGCAAUGCGAUUUGAACAUCAGUAUCCAGCAGCUGUUGGCACCAUCGUGAAAAAGCACUAUGUGGAUGACAUGCUUGCCAGCGUCGAGACAGAGGAAGAAGCUACACAGCUGGCACAAGACGUAAAGCAUAUCCAUGCCGCAGGAGGAUUUGAAAUGCGUAACUGGCUAUCCAACUCGACGACCGUCUUGGAAUCCCUGCAAGAAGCUGCACCCACCGAAAAGAACCUUGGAGAAGAGAGCGUCACAGAAAAGGUUUUAGGACUCUGGUGGAAUACGACAACCGACUGCUUCACCUUUAAGGUGUCUCCUCGAUACGACGAGGACCUACUGACCGGACGCCGUCGACCCACUAAACGCGAGGUACUAAGAACACUUAUGAUGAUAUUCGAUCCACUAGGGUUCAUUUCACACUUUCUCAUGUACCUGAAAGUACUGCUGCAGGAGAUUUGGAGAUCUUCGGUUGGCUGGGACAGUCCCAUAGAAGAACCACAAUUCCAGAAAUGGCUGACAUGGUUAAAAGUUUUGCCUGAGGUUGCUGGAGUUCAAAUUCCAAGAUGUUAUAGAAUAACCGCGAACCUAGACGGAUCUUGCAAAAUUCAAUUGCACACGUUUGUUGAUGCGAGCGAGAACGGUUUUGCUGCCGUCGUGUACAUUAGGUUUGAAAGGGUUGGCUUGGUAGAAACUGCUUUCGUUUGCGCAAAAACCAGAGUGGCCCCACUGAAGUUCCUUUCUAUUCCCCGUUCUGAGUUACAAGCCAGCAUCGUCGGAGUGCGACUAGCAAACAGCGUCACGCAAUCACUAUCAACUACGAUCACUGGUCGGUACUUCUGGACCGAUUCUAAGGACGUCCUCUGCUGGUUGAACUCUGAUCAUCGACGAUACAGCCAGUUCGUAGCAUUCAGAGUGAGUGAAAUAUUGGAAUCAACUGAUGCAAAAGAGUGGCGGUGGGUGCCAACAAAACAGAACGUGGCUGACGAAGGUACCAAAUGGGCACGUCGGCCUGGCCUCAGCAGCUCUAGCCGUUGGUUUCGAGGACCAGAAUUUCUUCGAACAUCUGAAGCAGAAUGGCCUGUAGUGCUACGUUAUGGGACGACGGAUACGGAGCUACGAGCACACCUGCUAACGCAUGUUCCCAUGGUGAAAUCUAUUAUAACUCCGCAGAACUUCUCUAAGUGGACUACAAUGGUUCGAUGUACGGCUUUCGUUUUCCGGUUUAUCUGCAAUUCGAAGCUGAUGGUAAAAAUGAAGCAGCGAACCAGUGGACCACUGAUGCAGCCAGAGUUAGCAAGAGCCGAAAAUUUCCUUCAUCGGCUCGCUCAAACAGACGAGUAUAGCGACGAAAUUGCAAUCCUCCUCAGUAAUCGCCGAAAUGAGACAAUGAAAACGAUUCCAAAAAGCAGCUGUAUCGCCUACUUCUGUCCCUUUCUCGAUGGAUCCGACGUUUUGAGAAUGCGGGGCCGGACCGGAGCAUGUGAACUGAUCGACUACGACGCAGUAAAUCCUAUUAUCCUUCCUCGAAAUCACCACGUUACGUAUCUGAUUGUGCUUCACUAUCAUCAAAGGUAUCACCACCAAAAUCAUAAUACCGUGCUAAAUGAAAUUCGUCAGCGGUACAGGAUUCCUCGCCUCAAGUCCGUAUACUACAAAAUACGGAAGCAAUGCCAGAAAUGUAUGAACGAAAGGGCAACACCGCAACCUCCUCAGAUGUGUGACCUGCCGCCAUCACGUCUGGCUGCCUAUUCUCGUCCGUUUACGCAUAUGGGGGUGGAUUAUUUUGGGCCUAUUGCGGUUUCUGCUAACCGAAAACGCGAGAAACGCUGGGUAAUGAUAGCCACAUGUUUAACCAUCCGCGCCAUACACUUGCAAAUUGCACACACUCUAAGUACCGAUUCUUGCAUAGUCGCUCUACGCAACGUCAUUGGUAGGAGGGGGACACCGGCGGUCAUUUAUAGUGAUCGAGGCACUAACUUCCAAGGCACUUCCAAAGAACUGCAAGCCGCCGUGGAGAGUCUGGACCAUGAACGGAUGAUGGUCGAGUUCACGACGCCUCACACCAGAUGGAGCUUCAACCCACCAGCCUCCCCGCAUAUGGGCGGAGCGUGGGAGCGCCUUAUCCGAACCGUCAAGCAAAACCUCUUCAGGCUGUUACCAGGACGCACAAUAUCCUAUGAGGUCCUUGAGAAUCUACUGAUUGAAGUAGAAAACGUGAUAAAUUCUCGACCAUUGACCAAUAUUCCCUUGGAAGACGACGAUUCUCCAGUGCUGACCCCAAAUCACUUUUUGUUAGGAUCGUCUAACGGUCUGAGGUCAUGGACACCCUUCGAUGAUUGCCCUGAAUCACUUCGUCGUUGCUGGCAGCUCUCUCAGGCCUUAACCAACCGAUUUUGGAGACAAUGGCUUCGGGACUAUCUUCCAUCCAUAACUCGCCGAACCAAAUGGUUUGAUCCAGUAAAACCCAUCGAAGCUGGAGAUAUUGUCGUCAUCGUUGAUCCGAACUUUCCGCGUAACUGCUGGCCGAAAGGACGCGUAAUUGCUACGAAACCAGGAGUUGACGGUCAAGUAAGGUCUGCAACUGUGCUGACAGCUACUGGAAUCUACGAACGUCCAGCCUUGAAGCUCGCCGUGCUAGACGUUGGCGUUUGUAAGAACACGACUCAGGAUGACCAUCGGCGUAUUCCGGGGGGGAGUGUUGACUGCGCCACGUUGGGGUACCCGACGAGCCCCAAGAGCCCCACUACGACUACUACUACCUGCGGUACUGCUCGAACGCAAUCACACCCUGGCAUCCAACAGGGGAAUGUCGGUCGUGCGAACAAUCGUACCAAGGUCAAAGAUCUACGAUACUGAGAGAAAAACAAUUGAAAUUGACGAUAAACAAAGUGUGCCGCAAAUCAAAGUACCACGAAUUCGAUCUUUAAUUUAGCUGUUCCAUCGUUUUAUAGUCUGUAGAAUCCAGUAUAUUUGCUACAUUGACAGCUAAAUCCUACUUAACAUAAUUAUUGAAAUACGUAUGAAAUUGAACUAUAACUAGACGUAAACUAUUCUCUAAUAAGUUAAAAACACUUAUUGAAAAGAGUGCGGAGGCUACAAUUAGUUUGCCAUCUCUUCAUUGAUGCGGUGACGAAUCACCAAAAGAAUUUUGUAAUUUCUUCCACGACUGAAUUAUCGGAAUAAAAUUCACAAAAUCUAUCGAUUCGUCUAUCGCCCAACAAU